UUUUUGUAAAUAAAAUAGUACAUCAUCGAAACUCGAUUUGGCGUUUAACCUAAAAUCACAUUUUCAUUCAACGGGUUACGACUGAUUUUUCAAAUUCUAGUCAAUCGUUGAUAAUUUUCUCGAAUAUUUAUAAAACUGCAUAUAAUUUGUAAUUGAUUCUUAAUUGAGCAUCUUUUGCCUCUCCAUUAAUAAAAAUCGAUCAUUGAAUAUAAAUGUGUAGAUAAUUCUUCGUCGUUCGAUGGAUUUUCAAACGUUCCAUCAUGGACCCAAAUUUGAGAAUAGGUAGAAAAAGGGUGAAUACACUUUCGAAAAAUUUUUUUCCGAACAAAUUUUCGCUUGCGUAUAUCACUGGUGUUCGGUGUUCGGCCAUCUUAUUUAACGAUACGAUACAUCCAAAUCCAAAAGAGGGCAGACAACACACCGUACGCGUGACUGGCGUGCGUUGUCGGGAGCGAAAAAGCCAAAUAUUGAUCGAUUCUCAUCUCGUUUACCGAUGUGUCUGUGUCAAUGACCUUCAACUUGAGAAUUAGCGCUUAUAGAGGAGACGAGAAAACCCGUAUGGAAAAUAGAUCCUGCGUAAAUAAUUGUUCCGUGUCGUUCAAAUCACGAGAUACAAAACGAACGAGAAUUCAAGCGCAACAAUGAUGGUGAACUAAUCGUACGUUGUAAUGUGACGAAUGACGCAUCGUUUUGACGAUCAAACAGCACACAGAACUGUUUACAUUCUUCCACAGUCGAGCACUGACAGCUCUUCACGUAGCACUUCUAUUGUUUACCACUAUUGAAAAUGCUUCACGUGAAUAAUCAAACGAUACUAUCAUUGUAAUUUUUUAAUCAAGAAACUGUUGUUUUGGAAUUAAAAUGGAAAAAUUUUUUUUUGCUUUUGUUUGUUUGCUCUUUAUUGCGUGAAAUUCAGUGCACUUUUAGAUAUAUUACACAUGUUACCGUUGCGACUCUUGAACCUGAUUUUUUUGUCAGCAGAAGAAACGUUUAUUCCGACUAGGAAGUCUACUAUAGACUGUGUUCGUGCAGAUAAUUAUCAUUUCUUGUGAAUAAUAAAACAUAAAAAUUAUGAAACGAUCAGUUUAUCAGAAAUUGUGAAUGAUCGAUUACGAUAACCUGUCAUCCUGCAAUAAUGGAAGCUCGAAUUUUCAAAUUAUGUAGAAGUCCUGUUUGCCUCAUCAAUUUAUUCUCCUCUCCAGAUUUCUCAACGUUACGUGAUCUUAUCUUGAUUUAUCAUUGUUGCAAAUCAAUUUGAGUGCGCGAUAUAAUUGAAUUUUUCUCGCUCCAAACACUCCGGGCAAAGUGUUCGUCGAAAGGUUACUUCCUAUCUUGAUUUAUCAUGCUCUCAUUAAUCGCCUUCAAUCUAUCAACAAACUUAUCAACGCGAAGAGAACAAUGAAAAUGCGGGAAUUCAGGUGGGAAGUGAUUUCAGUCAGAAAAUUCACUGGAUGGGAAAGCUUCGAAAAAUUGUGACCUCUUUGAAUUUGACACUCGGCGUCGGCUUUCAAAAUGUGUAUUCUGUUCGUCUAUCGUAAUCCAAAAGCCGUUGAAAGGUCGUAUCGCCUGAUUGUUGCAUCGAAUCGCGACGAGGUUGACACGAGACCAGCAAAACCUGCCCACUACUGGGAUAAGAAUCCCGAUUGUUUGGGAGGUGUUGACAGUGAGCCCGGCAAAGAGGGCGGCACUUGGUUUGCUCUUUCGACCAAAGGGCGAGCUGGUGUUCUCUUGAAUUUGCCAGGUUAUAUGAGAGUCGCCGACGAUGCGGGAAAGGGACGUGGAUACCUGGUCGUCGAUUACCUCACGUCUGAUGAUUCCCCGAUAAAUUAUUUGAACAAAUUGCACAACGUCAAUCAAACGUCUCAACCUUACAAUCCGUACAAUUUGAUUCUCCUCGAUUUACAUGACGCCAGCAUCGAGUACUUGUCAAGUUCGCCAGAGACUUCUGGACCACAACAGUAUUCCGGUGACAUAUUCGGUGUGAGCAACAGUCUGGUCGAGGAGCCAUAUGCGAAAGUGAGAGCUGGGAUGGAAGAGAUGAGGAGAAUCGUGAGGGGUGUGACAGUUUCGGAUCGCGACACUCUUAUCGAAAAUCUUGGUAAAAUGUUGAAGUCGAAGAAACGUCACUUGCCGGAUCCGGAGUUGCGCAAAAGAUCACCGAAAUGGCACGAAGCACUGAGUUCGAUUUGCGUGAGCGACGAACGGCUCGAUUACAAGACAAGAACCCACACGAUAUUGCUCGUCGACGGAUCGGACAACGUGACGUUCCACGAGGAAACUAAAAUGCCUGAUAAUACUUGGAAACUGCAAACUUUUGAGACGAAGCUCAAGCCGCGAUAACGCCUUACAGUAUUUUUCCUCGUUCUGCAUUUGAAAUUCUGUUUUUCAGUCGCAAAGACCAAAUCAGAUUGAGCUCUCGUCUAAAAUUUAUUUCACUUUUGUUCUGAAAAAUCCACUAAAAAUUAUAAAGAGAAUAUAUUUUUAUUCAACAUUGGAA